AUGGGACUGCAGGGUUCGGACAUCAAGUUUGUCAUUCAAAAAAAAUUGACCGACACUGAUACGAAAGGUUCUCAGGACCGGCUUUCGAUUCCAAGGGGCCAAAUGAGAUAUGAUUUUCUAAGCAGUGAAGAACAAUUGAGUCUUGAGAAGAAAGAAGCAGGUGGGAAACAUUUCGAAGGCAUGGAAGUGCCAUUGAUAGAGCCAGGCCUUCAGGUGUCGACCAUCUUCUUGAAGAAGUGGAAAUCGGCCUCUCCCUUUAAUUUAUAUUUUAAAGGUAUCCGAGUUCGGCAAUGGGACACAAGUUUCAAUCUUUCGGGGAAGGCGAAAGGAGGAGAACUAGUUUUGAAACUGGGGUUCCAGAUUAUGGAGAAAGAUGGAGGUAUUGGAAUCUAUAGACAGGCUGAGGAAUCAAGGUCAGAUAAAUCUAGUAAUUUAUCGUCUUCUUUUGCUCGAAAGCAAUCAAAGGCAUCCUUUAGUGUCCCUAGUCCUAGGAUGUCGAGCCGUAAGGAAGCUUGGAGUCCUUCACAGACAGGAGCAAACACAGCAGAUCUUCAAGGAAUGGAUGACUUGAAUCUCGAUGAGCCAGAGCCAGAGCCAGAACCAAAGCCAGAGCCCAAGCCAGCGGCCGCAAAGUUGGAAGAACAAGAAACAAAAAUGGAAGAUCUCGAUCUCCCUGACUUCGAAGUUGUGGAUAAAGGUAUUGAGGUUCAAGAAAAAGAGGAGGAUUCGGAAAAGUUAGUUGAAGAAAGAUCAGUGUCAAGCGAGGUUGUCAAAGAGGUAGUGCAUGAUCAGGUACAUCUCACAAGAUUAACCGAACUAGAUUCAAUUGCUCAACAAAUAAAAGCUCUCGAGUCUAUGAUGGCUGAAGAAAAAAUUGUCAAGACAGAGGAAGACUCUGGAUCACAGAGACUCGAUGCAGAGGAAGAAAACGUAACAAGGGAAUUUCUUCAGUUGCUUGAGGAAGAAGAAACAAGUAAAUAUAAAUUCAAUCAACCUGAUGAAAUUCCACCUCUCCAGGUUGAAGGAGCCGAGGAUUAUACAGAACCUGAGUCCAAAGUGUACCUCCCAGAUCUUGGCAAGGGCUUGGGCUGCGUUGUGCAAACAAGGGAUGGGGGCUACUUAGCUGCCAUGGAUCCUCUGGAUACUGAAGUUUCAAGGAAGGACACUCCAAAGCUAGCCAUGCAAAUAUCAAAACCAUUUGUUCUCCAAUCACAUCAAUCCACAAGUGGGGUUGAAUUGCUUCAGAAGAUGGCAGCCAUGGGGAUUGAUGAACUCGGCUCUACAAUUUUGUCUUUGAUGCCCAUGGAUGAACUGAUGGGUAAAACUGCAGAACAAAUAGCUUUUGAGUUGUAAAGAAAUUCAAUUAAUUCCAUAAAUAUGUUAA